UAUCACAAUAACUCUAUAUAUUUAUAUAUUGUUUUCGUGAGAUUCUUGUGUAUAGUAAGCUCUUGUAUAGUCCUACUACCCUCGUAAAUAUCAUAAAUGGAUUCGCCCCCACCCCUUACCCCCUUAGUGUGAAAUAGUUUAGGAUUAAUUCCCUGGCAACGAGAUGCCUGUGAAUGCAAAUUUGGCGUUAGUUCAUCUCCGCUUUACGGAGGAAGUAAGCAGUAACACGCAGUGUCUAAAAUACAAGGAAAACACACUCUAAUUUAAAGUCUUCUUCGGAGUAGGAGUUUAAUUAUAGAACUCCUUAUCAGAGCAAUCGAACAAAAGAAAAAAGAUCGAUCUAUUUGGUGGAGUCACAGACGAGAUUAUUGGGCUGUGGUUGGAUCUUGCAUAAUAUUGAGUUUGACUUCGUCACAGCUUACUACAAGAGAUGGAUCUCACAAAUCGCCCUGGGGUACCUAAUAGUCAAGACUCAGAAAUAACCAAUCCAGGACAGAAUGGGAAUAAUUCUGACACAAGUUUGUGGGAAUCGAACGUCAGUGACUUGGUGAAUGCAGCUGCGUUCUGCAUCGUCAUCUUGUUCACAGUAUGCGGGAGUCUUCUUAUCUUGCUCUCCAUCGCUAGAAGCAAACACGUUAAACUACGCAUUAUAAGACAGUGUUACACCGCUAGCCUUGCACUCGGUAAUUUGCUCAUGGCUUGUGUCGUUAUGCCCGUCAGAAUCAUCAGUUUCGUUAACAAGCCAUUGUGGAUGUCAAGUACAAGUUUGUGCGGGGUGUACAGCAGUGUUUUUGUGUUCUGUUGUACCGUGACAGUUCUAUCUCUCACUGUUAUGAGCAUUGAUAGGUUUUUCUCGAUUCCUAGGUCCGCCAAAUAUCAGAAAUUCCUUUCGAAAGGUCGGGUUAUUGCUAUUUCCAUAGCGCUAUGGCUUCUUGCAGCUGUGGUCUCCUUUACAACAGCUGAUUUGACUUCAAGCAAAAUUCGACCGAGCUGGGACUGUAAGCUGAACCAUAUAUACAACCACAUCUUUGUUUAUCUGUUUGUGAGCAUUGAAGUUCUAACACCAGUGUUGUUAAUGCUUGCGGUUCAUUGCCGUAUCACCAAGGCAACAAUGAAUCACAUGUGCACAGUCGACAUCAGCGGCCGCAAGGUGAAGAACCUCGACUACUCUGAUGUCCCAACCUUGAAACAGGAAUCUGCCUGGGCAAGAGUGGUGAUCAAAAUCACCCUCAGUUUUAUAAUCUUCUGGAUUCCUCGUUGCAUCUUCCUGCUUCUAGAUAACAGUAAACAUGGCAGCAUACAUGAAAUUGCAGAUGGCUCUACAGAAAUUCUCACAUAUUGCUUUGGCGCCUCGCUUGCUAUUCUUCUUGCUUCUUGUUCUGAGGAGUACAAGAAUGAGAUGAUGUUGAUGGUAUGCCCAUUUAGCUGGUAUCAGCGUAAACAGCACCAAAAAAAGUACACACUGCCUUCCUCCUCCAAAAGGAUAAGCCCUGCUGAUGUUACUCCCUCUAAUUUGUACAGGACAUUCUCAAAUGAUUCAUUUCAACUAAGGGAAAUUUCAAGAUCACAGAGUACAACUGAGACUGAUGAACAAUCAAUGUGUUAAAUUCGAUUCAUAGAUCAAAUACUCCCCUCCUUUUUUGUUGUGUACCCAAAUCCUUUGAGAAUUCCUGGAUUAUCUCUCUUUUAUGGCAUUGAGUUUGCUAAUGGGGUACAUAGGCAUAUUUUUUAUUUAAAAAAUCUACAAUUUGGCAAAUAUCUUGAAUUAAAACUGCUUUUUGGCAGCGGGGUGCUUUUCCUUCCUACACAACCAUCUUAUCAAAGUUACCACCUAAAAAUUGUAAAUAGUGUACAUGCAAGCAAAGCUAUGAAGUAAGUAAUCAUAAUUAAUCAUUUAUUGAUGGUGACUGAUUAUUCUUUAUGUUAUUGAUGGCUUUGAGAAAUAGUAGAUUUAUAUAAUUAUUACAGCAAACCCAAAAUCCUUGUCUCAUUUGAGAAUAGCGCGUAGUCCAACACAAGCGUUUGGGGUCGGUUUGUCUGGUUUGAUUGACUAUACGUGCUAUUCCAAAACAAAGAAAGGAAUUUGGGUUUCUGUCAGGUCACGCAACAAGGAAUUUGGCUAUAAAGAGUUGUAUAAAAACAUAGUUAAAAGCAUGUUGUUGUUAAAAAAAUUGGGAAUGCAAGAUAAGGCCGUCCUCUGUAAGUAACAGUAUCAACAGGGACGGCUGAGAGUGAGAGAGACUGGGUCCCAUUGCUUGGUUAUAUUAUUUAUCACACACCAUAAUAAAGUGAAUAAAAAGUGAUGAUCAGUUUGA